CCAGAAAUUUGUCGGUGGAUUUUUGUCUAUUUUUCGUCUCGCCAUGGCUGUACAAGUUGAUAGGCCAAUCGAGCUAGAAGAUCUCGAUACCUUAAAAGCAGAGCUUCAGGAACUUCGGAAGGAGUGCUCCCAACUGGACUGCGAGUUGAGGAGCACCAAGCGAAGCUUGUCAGCCGCCAAGGUACGGCAAGAGGAGCUGCAACAGAAGGUAGAUCUUCGAGAAGCCGAAAAUACAGAGAUCUCCCAGAAGUUGGGCUCCGCUGAGAAGGACUUUACAGAUCUUCAGCACUGGCGGCAAAAAACCAAGGAGCAGGCACAAAAGGCAAAGGAGCUGCAAGAGGGUAUCGAGACCGAGCGCCAGAACAGCGAUGCGCGCAUUGCUGAACUCCGACAGAUGGUCCAGCGCCAAGGACGUCCCAAUUCGGCUAAGGCCGAUGAGGCCGAGGAGACCCGACGCCGGCGCAUCGCUCUGGACGACACAUGUGGGCGGCUGCAGAUCCUCCGGGACUACAUCUUGGGGUCUUUACCAGACAUGGAGCCCAAAGAGCUCGAGCUCCUUCUCCAAGAUGAGGAAGAGCACCCGAAGGAAGACGACUCAAACAUUGACACUGAGAUUGCAGAUCAGGUCAUGAAAGAUCUACAGCAGGAGCAUGAUAACGCCAUCAAGGAACUCGUGGAGAGCGUCAACAGUUUGAUCGACAAGAAGAAUAACACAUGGAAAAAGAUCAAUAAAGGUAUUUUGCCCUUGUGCCUUUUGAGACUUGAACGCUGUGCUCCACAAGAUCACACAACCAUUCGCGAGGUUCUCGACGCGGCAGCUGCGCUGUGCCGCGUCCGUGUGCAGCAGGGAGAUGAAACGCUUUGGAAAGCGAGGGUGCCAGAAGCAGAUGGCAAGCUGGAUACUGCAGAAGGUGAGCCCUCCUAGCAUGUGUUGCCAGUGAGUUUGCCUUGCCAGCACGGGAUCAAAAGACGCGCUUUUGUGCAAAGCAAUCGCCCGUGGUUUUUUACCCAUCACCGCAUUUCAAUAUGUUCACUUGGACAUGGCUCUUGGGAUUCAGUUCUGCGCAUGGCGGUGCAUGGUAGGAGGUGCUAUGAAAUACAAAUCAUAUAGAAUAUUCUGGCGUUGUAGAGGUUAUCCCAAGAUUGGUAGUGAUCUGCCGUCAGACGGGCUUUUGGCUCAAGAAAAUUCGAGAAAUCCUUUGACCUGGACUCCU